UCUCUGUCACCAAGGGCAAGCCCUAUCCUGAACUUCCUUUUUUUUUUCUUGUGCUGUGACAAUGGUGGCACCUGGAUACGAGGUCUCUGCCACUUGCCCUUGGGGUUCUCUGAGCCCCACUGUGAGCUCCAGGAUAUCAGGAGCCAGCAUGGGGGUAAAAGGGAUGGCCCCAAGUGCCACUGCCUUAGCACCUUCUAUAGCUCCCGUUGUGAGUUUGUGGUGGAAUAGGUGAAUCUGGGUGAACUGGAGUCUGAAGUGGGCAUGGAGGUCUCUGUUGACCAGGAGUUCUCCCCAGACCUCAGUGACAACACUUCCACAGCCUAUAAGGAUUUCAGUGACACCUUCUGGGAUCAGAUGCAGAAGAUUUACCAAAAUGGGAAGGGGUUCAAGGAUGUGUAGAUCCUGUCAUUGAGGAAUGGCAGCAUUGUGGUGAGCUACUUGGUCCCGCUGGAGUUGCCCUUUAGCCUCCAGCUGGAGAGCGAGCAUGUGAAGGUGAAGACAGUGCUGAAGGAGAAGCUCCAGAAUGUCAGCCAUAACGGAGACAGCUGCCAGCAUAUCCGGACCCUGUGUUUUAAGCCUGACUCCAUCAAGGCGAACAAUAACACCAGGAAGGAGCUGACCGUGGCAGCCAUCUGUCGCCACGCCACUGCCAAAGGCUAUGGGGAUUUCUACUUCCCCUUGGUGGAGGAGAACCGCCUUGGCAGGGUCACCCAAUGUACUUCGGGCGCCGUCGACUGUCAGCGCGGCCAGUGCCUCGUGGAAAAGAGCGGUCCUGCCGGCGGCUGCUUCUCCACGGACACGCUCUGGCUCUCGCGCCCGCGCUGCGAGGUGGCCGUCGCUUGGAGGGCGCUGGUCGGGCGCCUGGUGGGGGACUUAGCUCGGCUGCCGCUGCUGCUGGCGUCCCUGGGCCUCUUCGUCGUCGCGCGCUCCCGCUCGCGGAGAGAUGGCCAAGCUGGAGGCCGAUGGGCACCGUAGAGGUGCGGGGAAGCGCGGCAAAGGGGUCCCAGCUGGGGCGGCCGUGCUCGGACGGUGCGGUGCGUUGCCCCGACUCAGGUCCUGCGACGACAGAAAUGGUUCGAGAUCUGGGAUGAGGACACUAUGGGGACUUUUUCAAACUUGGGCUCGGAGGACGACCGUGGACAGGUGCAUAUCCAGAGACCCGAGGUUGGCCUUGUCCUUGCUGUGAGCCCUGCCCUUCCCCCACCAGCCUGCCCCAGACCGUGGGAAGAAACCCUCUGAACUGCAUCCAUUUCAGGGAAUGGCUCGAGGACUUGGGCAGCUCUCUCUCCUGGUUUCCUGGAGCAAACUCAGACCACCUGCCCGACCCUCUGGGUGAAACUUCACCAGUUUCAACCAAUUCAAAUCCAGGCUCUUGCACUGUGGGAAUCUGGCCAAGUCAAUAACUUCUCUGAACCCUGUACGAUGAGUAGAGCAUACUAGUCCCGAUACCUUGUGUGGUUGCUGUGAAACCCAGACCCUGUCUGUCAGACCUCUGUCCCCGUGCACCUUCCUGUGUCAGCCUUUGUGCUUAUGUGGUCUCUCGCAGAUCCCCGUCUCUACUUCCUUUGGGGGGGUCUCGGACCUCAGUCCCUGGUCUCCUGUGCUCAUCCUGACACCCAUUCCCCAGCUGCCCCUGUAACCAUCCUCCUACCUGCUCCUUAUGUAACUCCUUGCUGUAUCCUCACUCCCACUAUUAAAUCUCCCCCCUAUAAGGAG